AUGGAGGAUGCGGCCCCUGCCCCGAGGCCCCUUUCGACCCGACAGAUCCCCAGACUCCUGCGCGACGACGAAGGAGACGACCUCCUCACGCCGCUUGUACAGUCCCGCCGCCCCUCACGACAAUACGUGUCCAUCUCCCCUCCGCCAAGCGACUCCUUGUCCCUCGCGAUGAGCUAUCCGCCGCCAACGGAGGCCCUGCCCGUCUUUACAAACCCGUGGCCUCGCAGGCCGUCGUGCUCUGACACGCGCUCGUCCACGAGCCCCGGGUCACGGUCGACGACUCGGGAACAGGCUGGUCCGUCUGCGCCCAAGGUGCCCAGAGUACCGCUCCUUCACGUCCGCGACGAGUCGCCCAGCGGCGCCGCAAGAGAGGCCUCCCUGUCCAUGGUAUCGGAGGACACCGUGACACGGCUGCCGCUCACGCCGUUCCCGCCGUGGACGAGCAACGCGGACAGAGAAGGCCGCCAGGCGCGCGACGAGGCCGGGGCGUGCCGUUGCGACGACGGCCGGAGGAGCACCAGGAGCAUCAGGAGAAGUGUCAGCUUCAUGCAUGCGUCCGUGCUGGCGGCGCAGUUCCUCGCCUUCAUGGGCUUGUUUUGUGUGUGGGUGGACGUGGCGGUUCGCGAGGCCGCUUCCCACUCUGGCUUCUGGGUCAAGUUGUGGAUGUAUUUCCAGCCGGCUCUGGGCGUGCUGUGCCUGUUUACCUUGAGCAUGAUGCUCGUCCUGGAGGCCAGGGGUCUUUCUGACGGGGCGUUUUGGGGGGUGGAGGCCGUCGUGCUGGCCGUGGGGGGCGGCGCUGGGUUCUGCGUGGUCUGGUGGGCGUUUGGACAGGGCAGCCGCGUGGUGAUCGGGGCGGCGGUUGGGACGGCCGUCAUGAUGCUCGGCGUGGGAAUGUUUGGCUUCGUGAGGGCCGCGGUGGUUUUGGUCGUUGCGCAGGGCGAGGCGGCGUGUCGGGCGUGA